AUGUCAAUAAAAGAUAAAUAUCCAAAGACUAUUGCAGAUUUUUAUAUACUUGCUAAAAAAAAAUACGGUAUCAUAUUAGCUAUUACAGCAAGUAAAUUAGAGGGUGAAGAAUUGAAACUUGUUAAUAAAGCAAAGAAAAGAAAGAAAGACAAAUAUGAUGACCAUGAAGAUGAUGUUAACGAUAGUGAAGAGGAUUCUUCUGAUAGUGAAAAAUUAAAAAAUCAAUAUAAAAAAUAUAUUCAAGAUCAACCUGUCACCAAAAUUCAUCCAGAUUUAUAUGCGUUUGACAACAAUACACAUUAUAUCUUAGUGAUGAGAUUUUCUCAAUACCCCUAUAUCACAAUUCAAAGACACCCCACCAAUUUUAAAUCAGUAAAAAUCAUAUGUCAAAGAACAAUAGGAGAAAAUGAAAAAAAAGAUAUAUUGAGAUUUUUAAGAGGUUUCGAUUAUUUGGAUUAUUCCCUCACCAACAAUCUAAAUAGGCAACUCAAAGACUUAGUAUUGGAAGUUGAUUUUAAGGAGGAGGUAGAAGAGAUAAUAACUAAUGGUAUGAAUAUCACAUGUGAAAUCCAACCAAUUAUGAGUGGUAUCCCUGACAAAGAUGAUGCCACCAAACACAGUCAUAGAAAAGAUUUCAUAAAUAAUACAAAUUGUAGUUUUUGUUCAAUUUUAAUAAAGUCUGGAGAAGAAAGACAUGUUUGUUCAGAGUGUAAUAAUGUAAUUCUCUGCCCACAAUGUUUUCUACUUCCUGAAUCCAACUCAGUUCAUACAGACUCUGCACCACUUCCUCAUUUCUCAUCACUUGAAACAAGAACUGAUGAUGAAUAUUUUGUAUCAAAUAAAAGUGAUACUACCUAUCAAUGUUUUAUAAAUGCUUUUAAAUGUUUUCCAAAAAGAAGAUGCCUUGGUAUAAGAUCAAUAAUUCCAAAGUCUAAUGAUAAUCCUUUAGGAUUUGGAGAAUAUGAAUGGAUAUCAUAUCAAGAUGUUUACAAUAGAUCAGAGAUAUUUGGAACUGCUCUUUCAAAAUUGGUUCCUAGAGAAUCAAUGAUUGGUGUUAUGCUAAAUAAUACCCCAGAAUGGUUUUAUAUUGACUUUGGAUGUUUAUUCUAUGGAUACACAAUAGUACCAAUAAAUCAUUUUAUUAAUUCAAGAGAGUUUAUCGGUGUUAUUAAUAAUUGUCAACCUUCAGUCAUGAUUGUUACAGAAAGUAGUUUGGUCAAAUUAGUAGAUAUUCUCAAUAAGUACAAUGGAUUAAAUAUGAUCAUAUAUGUAGGAAAUAAUCCAGAUCCUCAUUUGAGAAAACAAAUACCAUAUAACAUCACAUUUAAGAUUUUUUCAGAGAUUUUAAAUCAAUAUAAAGAUUGUAAAAUUGCUCCUCACAACCCUCUCAAUAAUGGAGUUUUAUCAUUAGUUUAUAGUAGUGGUUCAACUGGUACACCAAAAGGAAUCAUUAUCAAAGAUAAAGAUUUUUUGGCAUCUUUAUUAGAUUAUAAAUUAGGAUAUCCAUGUAUUCAACUAAGCUUUUUAUCUCUAUCUCAUUUAGAGAGAAGAGCAGAUUUAAAAAUGAUUUAUAAUGGUGGAAGAUUAGGUAUUUAUACUUUACCAAAAAGAGAUUAUUUUAUUAAUGAUGUUGCAUGUUUAAGACCAACUAUUAUGUGGGCACCUCCCUCUAUUUGGAAUGAGUUUUAUACAAAAUAUCAACAGUCCAUGAAUUCACUUAGAACUCUUUACCCACAAUUCAAAACCUCAGAGAUUGAACAAAUUAUGUUUCCAGAAUUCCGAAAACUUUUAGGCGAUAGAAUAGAUUCGCUUACAACAGGUGGUGCUCUUAUAUCAGAAGAGGUCAUUAGCAUGAUGAGAAGGUGUUGGGGUGCUGAUAAGGUAUUCAACAUAUAUGGAUCAACAGAAGCAAUGAUCGUGUCAGUGAAUGACAUAAUGUUGAACCAGAUUCAAUACCGAAUCAUUCCACUUCAAGAGAUUAUCAAAGAAGGUUUGGCAACAGAGAAUCCAAUACCUAUUGGUGAACUUGUGGUUAAAUCAGAUCAAAAUGUUGUUGGCUACUAUAGAAACAAAGAAGAUACCGAGAAAUCCUUCAAAGAUGGUUGGUUCCAUAUGGGUGAUCUUGUCGAAGAGUAUGAACCAAGAAAAAUUAGAAUCUUGGAUAGAAUUAAAAAUUCUUUUAAAUCAUCAACUGGUUUAUUUAUUUGUUUGGAGAAAAUAGAAAACUAUUAUUAUAAAUCCCCAUUCAUCCGUCAUAUCUUUGUUUAUGGAGAUCCGUACCACUCAUAUUUGAUAGCAAUCAUUGUACCAUCGGAAAAAGCAUUGUCUUCCUUUGAUACUAAUCUAAAGAUGGAUUUGAAUCAAAAUAAAUCACUCUUGGAAGCUAUUGAAAGUGAAAUUCAAUUGAUUUCUGAAGAAAAACAGAUUAUUGUUUAUGAAACACCAAAGGUAAUUCAUUUAGAUAAUACAAUUUGGACUAAUGAAAACAAUUUGAUCAAUGGUUCAGGUAAAUUUAAUAGACCAGCUCUUAAACAAUACUAUUUAGAUUUAAUAGAUAAGAUCUACAAAGAGAAACAAAAUCAAUCAAUUGAUUUAUUACAAUAG